AUGCCUGAAACCAAUAAGAGUGAUUUUAGAUCCCUUGUGCUGUAUAUGUUUGAGACGAUUAUUUUGAUAGGGCCAGGAGCAGAAAUGUUUCCAAUAGUAAACAAAAGGCUCCCGAAGGCGUGCAUUCCGGUUGUUAACAAUCCAAUAAUAUAUCACACAAUCAGACUUUUGGAAAGUGUGUCUAGAAAGUUUGUUAUUGUCGGGCUGGAUGAAGAAAGAGAUGCAGUAUUGAGUGCAACUAUAUCUGCGACUAAGAAGCCUAUUGAGUAUGUAGGGAUUGAGACGUAUGAUGGAACUGUUGCGUCUCUAAUGGCAAUUCGAGCAAUAAUCGAGUGCGAAGAUGUGAUAGUGUGCAAAGGAGACAUAGUUGGAAGCAUUAGCAUUAAGGAAAUGGCGCAGAAGUAUUUUGAAAGCAAAAGGAUGCUUAUGGUGGCAUUGCAGAAUUCGAAGAUGGAAGGCACAUUGAUAGGAUACAGAGUAGACAAUUUGAUGUUUUAUGCAAUUAGUCAGGAGUAUAAGAUUCCAUUUGCAUUACUGAAAGAUGGAUUAACACUGACAAAGGAUUAUGAUGUUGUUCCACUAUAUAUGAUGAAGAGCAAUUUAUUUGAGAUGCUUGACUCGAGAUUUUUUAGCUUUAAGCAUGAUCUGAUGCCUAAUCUUGUAAAAGAGCUUGGAAUAAGCAAUCCAGUAGGAAUAUACAGCCCAAGAAAGGGGGAUCUGCAUCAUGUAAGAACAAUUGAUGACUAUUUGGAAGUGAAUGCAUUGCUGAAAAAGCAGAUUGCUAGCACGGGUGCAAAGCCAAGGAUAGAUGAUACAAAUACAAAAUUUGUGAAGGAGUAUACAAAGAGAAACAGCAUAAAAGACAUAAGCAAUUUGAUCGAUGCAGAGGUUCAGAUUGAAGAAGGUGCGAUUGUUUUUGAUUCAAUCAUAGGAAACAAAUGUAUUAUUGGCAGUGGAAGCAAGGUUAUGUGUUCGAUUUUGAUGAAUGGCGUUAAGAUUGGAAAAGGGUCGCGUGUUGAAGGGACACUGGUUGGAUGCAUGGUGAGUAUUCCUGAGGGUAGCAAGCUGGUUAAUUGCAAGGUCUCACCGGGAUAUGUGUUUUCCCAUGCAGUAUGUGCAUCAGAUGGUGUUUUUGGACGAUAA